AUGGGUGAAUUUGCUCCAGUGAACAAGUCAACAGAAGACCUUCUGUGUGACAAAUUUGUACGCGGAACAUCCCCGACUAAUAUUCCUACCGAUGUACUCAUUAAGCAAGGACUGAUAACAGAUUCCACCGAAUCGCUCAUUCAUGGAGGUGCCGAAAGGUAUAUCGUAAAUGCUCUAAAAUCGGGAGCCGGAAACAAAACGGAGCAUGGCUGUGAAGAUCCGCCGUUCCAUCUCCCUUCCCCAUCGCCUGAUCUGGAAGAUCCGGAGUACGAAGAAAUAGCUGACUCCUCAAAAAAUGCCCUACGGCAAGACUUGGAUAAUACAUCCAUUGAAGUAAUUGAAGAUGUAUACCGCCAGAUUGAAGCUUUUUUAGUUCAUUUCAAAUUAUCAAGAAGUUUUUUAUUAAUCUUCAAAAAUUAUGUCGGCAUUCUUGUUCAAGAAGGUAUCAAUCCGUUACAUGAUGAAUAUUUUAAAACUUUAGAAGAUGAGUUGAAAGGUUUCUUCACCUUUAAUUCUGUUAUAGAGGAGAUCCUUGAAAUAUUCUUGAUCCAUCCUCGGAACAAAUUCAUCGCAUUGUCUUUGGCAGAAUAUACCUAUGCCAGAAACAAGUUAAGAAGACAUUUUAAUCACUGGGAAACUGCAUGGGAGUUGAAUAAAAAGGCAAAAGAGUUUAACAACCAAAUAAAACUGAACCUAAAGGGAGCUGUUUUCUUUAUUUGGAGUGAUAGAAAACAAAGGUACUCCCAAAUGGCUUCUGAUGAGGCCAGAAGUUUCAGGAAUACCUGGCUGCUUUUUCAUUCAUUUCAACAAUGGAUAACGUUGACUCAAACUCUUGAGCAGCAGUCCAGAUUAGCCGAUCAAGCCUUUUUGAAUAAGAUGUUCAAGAAGAUCAUCAAGGCACAAGAGAAUUGGAAGCAUUUAGAAACCAUCAAUACUGAAGGUAUAAAACAGAUUAAAUUGCGGAAAACUUUUCAAAUGUGGAAAUUAAAGCAUAAAGAAAUGAAUUAUCUUGGAUUGAAAAGAAGGUUUUUUGAAGAAAUGAAGCGACAAUUUAUAAAGUCUGAUUACGAUAAGAGCAUUUCAAAAAAAGUGAGAGCAUUAUCUCUACAAAGAAUGUACUUUGGUAAGUGGAAAAACAAAAAUAUUGUAAAUGAAGAUAACCUUGCAGUACUGUAUGCAUUGGAAAAUAAAUUUAUCAAGCAAAAAUUUUUGCGUAAAUUAAACAGGGCGUUCCGGUAUAGUCAACAAGAAGCAGUUGUAAAUAGCAAGCUAGAUGAGACACUUUUGAGGUGUGUUUUUGAGAAAUUGUGGUUGAAACGACUUCAAGAUCAUCUGCAUUUAUAUUCUAUUAUCAGCCUAAAGGAGGCCAAUCUCGUGAAGGGCUUUUUUCAUUCAUGGAAGAAGCUUCUUUAUAUUGAUCUGAAAGCAAGUGAUUAUUCGAGAACAAGUCUUCUUAGGUCCAUAUUACAGAAUUGGAAACUUAAUGUCAAACUAUCAUCUUUCAAACAGAAAAAUAAAGCGAGGCUUCUAACAAGCGCAUAUCACUCCUGGAGAAAAAGGACACAGUAUGAAAAAAUAUCGAACGAUCAUACUAGAAUUGCCAUGCAUGCAAAGUACCUAAAUAUUUGGAAAACAAGGGUGCUAGAAAUGAGGAAUAUGAAUGAGGAGGCGUCUAUUUUUUACGAACAGGGCCUUGCAAAUGAAUGCCUAACAAUAUGGAAAGAGCGCUUGACAAAGACUGGAGAACUGGAAGAUAGAUACAAUUUCUUGGGCAAGACACAUGCAAUUUUGACCAUAAAACGGACGGUAAUGCAUAUCAAUAACGUUCAUUUGUUAUACAAUAGGCUAGAACCUUCUAUGAACAAAAUAAAACUUUCCCGGACUUUUUUGCGGUGGAGAAAAGCUACUAGUCUUAGGAUUGAACAUAAAUUAAAUGGUAUUCUACGCACUCAUGAACUGGCAAAAAUACACAGUUUACAAAACAAACUCUUCAAUGCAUGGCAAAACAGGUAUAACUUUUACUCGGAAGAAUGUGAUUCUCAAGCUACUCUAAAGAAAAAUCGGCAGCUUGAGAAAAUGGUGUUGAAAAAGUCCAGGGAAAAACUGUCGGAAAUAGUACAGUCGGAAGCAUUAGCAGGUGAAGUUCGAGAGGAAUUUUUGCUAAUCAAAACAUUCUAUAUUUGGAAAACCCAUCUAGAUGAGCUGUCUUACAUGAACACAUUGUUGGAACAGUCCGAAGCUGAUAAACAAUUCGUAAUCACAUCCAAAUUCCUGAAAAUGUGGAGUAUUCGAUUUCUGAAAAUCAAGCGUAACGAUGAGACGGUUCAGGUGUUUCGUCAUCGCUGGAAUAGGGCUGCUGUGAGAGGAUUGUUAUUACUGUGGAAAGGUAGGUCAGAUAAUUCGCAAAAGAGCAGGACAGACUUUAAUUUCAAACAUGAACUGAAAACUCCCAUAAGAUCAGACUCGCUAAACAUUUCUACAAUACCAGGUUCUGAAAGAAUAAAGCAGCAUAGAAUGGAAGCCAUGAAAUCGCAUUACAGCAGAGCAAGAAGGGCCAUACCAAGUCCAGUUAAAUCUUCAAGUGUUCUUGAUUCUACAGCGAAGAAGCAGAUCAAACUCGAAGGCACAACAGAUUUAAAUGGGUCUCCGACCCGAGCAAGAUCCCUGAGGUACUCCCCUAGGCGUCCUAAUAAAAACUUACCAUCUAGAGUGGAUCAUAUUGAUUUCGGCAGAAUACCUGCCGUACCUUUCAAUCUGAGCGCCGAUCCUUCCAUGCUCAAUCAAGAUAUGGAUUAUUCAAGAGGGCAUGAUAGAUCCCCAUUAAGUCAAAAACGUCAAUAG